GAGCCUCAAAAUCGUGUGUCCCGGGCGGGGCCUUCCCUUCACUUCACUCUUCCAAGGAGGGAAAAAAAACCACUUUUUUCUACUAAUUUUCUUCGAUUUCAACGAUCAAGAAAAGCCUUUAAUCUCUCUUUCUACAUUAAAACCCUCAAUUCUUGCAGUUGUUGUAGCAGUAAAUCUUUCCUUUCCUCAUUCAUUGCUUUGAACCAUUACCUACUACCCCCCUCCCCCCACCCUCUUUCUCCCCCCUCAUCUGACCAUGCUACUGGCUAGUUUUAAGCUCCCAGCUGUACAUUCUUAAUUUCAGCCCACCCCUUAUUAAUGGCGGUUGAGGAAAUAAGUUGUAUGCAAGAAAAGUGUAGUAAAGUUUGUCAGAUCUGUGGUUUAAUUCCAUUUUAGACAGCCCAUUUGUUUUUCUUGAACACAUUGUCUGAUUUUUCAUUGUUUUGAAGAGAGAGAGGGGGGAGAGAGAGAAAUGUGGGUGGUGAGUUAUUGUAUGUGAUUAUACUGUUUUGUUUGUGGUGGUGGUGGUGGUUUUUGGUUUAGAGUGGCGGGCGAUAGUUAAAUGAUGUCAACAGAAAUGGGGGGUGGCGGUGGUCGAGGAGGAGGAGGAAUGGUGGCUGGCGGCGGUGGGAAUAUUGAUCCAAGCAACCUACAUUUGAAGAAAGAAUUGACACAAAUACGGAAGGCGGCUAGAGUGUUGAGGGACCCCGGCACCUCCUCGACGUGGCGGUCACCGCUGAAUUCGGCGAGAUCCCUCAGCAAGCAUCAUUAUGUGCAUCACCACAAGAAUGGCCAGGUUGAUGGUAAUUCUGUUGUUUCUUCAUCUGAACAGUUUUUGCAAGUCCCAAGUAAUAGUAAAAAUUAUGGUAGUGGUAAUGUAGGUACUGAGAAGGGCAAUUUGAUUGCGAAAGAGAAAGAGAGGAGGGUGUUUUUGUAUAAUUGGAGGAGUCAGAAAUCCGAGAGUGAAAGAAGUAAGCAGAUUGGUGAGGAUGAUGUUGAGAAUAUUAAGGAUGACGGGUCGUAUUCGUCUCACGAUGAGAGUGUGGAUGUGGAUAGCUUGAGUGAUGCAAGGAAUGGUGGUGAAAAUGAUUCAAAGAGUGAUACUUAUUUGAGUGAGAAGUAUUCUUCAGCCAUCUUUAAGUGUAGAAACACAGAUUUUACUCCAUCCAUUCGGCGCACGAUUAAGAAAAAGUCGAGGAGGAGUAAUUGUUCUAAUGCUAGUCUGAGGCAUCACAAAGAAAAGUUGCAAAAGCACAUCAUACUGAGUAGAUGCGCGAAAGAUGUCGUUGAGGGUUUGCCCGGUUUAGUUUUAGGAAGGGAAGAUUUGGUUGAUCAAUCUGAUGAUACUGAAGAUUACUGUAAUUCUGAGGAUUUGAGGAGGGCCUCUGCACUUUCGCCGUUGCUUGCAAGGCUAAAAAAUAAGGGUUGGCCUAAUUCAUCAACAAAGUUGUUGAGGAGUGAACAGAAAGAGGAUGACUCUAUAUCAUAUAGCACACCAGCAUUGUCGACGAGCUCUUACAAUAAGUAUGGUGCUAGGAAACCGAGUAUGGUUGAAUCUUGGGAUGCGGCCACAGGAUCAUUUAACGACGCAGAUGAUGAGGUGGAAGACCAGUUGGAUUUGCCUGGGCGACAUGGAUGUGGAAUUCCUUGUUAUUGGUCAAGAAGGUCGACACCAAAGUCCAGGGUAGGAUAUCGGAGUUGUUGUUCCCCGUCUCUUUCUGAUACUUUGAGAAGGAGAGGAAGCAGCAUUUUUUGUGGAAGCCAGUCUGUGCAUCAAAGAAGACAUCAUCGCUCAUCUUUGGUAUCCAACAAAAGGAGAUUGGGUUCUAGGACAGGGGGUCAAAGUCUCGUGCCUCUUCUUACCAACAGUGCUAAUGGCCAAGGAGGAUCAUCCAUGGGCAGUGGCAACAGCGACGACGAGCUCUCCACAAAUUUUGAAGAGCUUGAUUUGGAGGCUUUGAGUCGGUUGGAUGGAAGGAGGUGGUCAAGUUGUCGGAGCCAAGAAGGUCUAGAGCUAGUAGCUCUUAAUGGGGAAGUACAUGACGAAAGUUCUCCUGAAAAUGCCAGGAGCCUAAGCCACAAAUAUAGGCCAAUGUUCUUCGAUGAGCUUGUUGGGCAGAAUAUAGUUGUUCAAUCUCUUAUGACUGCAGUCUCAAGAGGAAGAAUUGCCCCUGUUUAUCUUUUCCAAGGUCCGCGUGGAACAGGAAAGACUUCUUCAGCAAGAAUUUUUGCUGCUGCUUUGAAUUGCCUUGCCACUGAAGACACAAAACCCUGUGGGGUCUGCAGGGAAUGUGCUGAUUUCAUCUCUGGCAAGAGCACGUGUCUUAGAGAAGUAGAUGGUUCCAAUAAAAAGGGAGUUGGCAAAAUCAAAAUUCUCUUGAAAAGCCUAUCAGUGGUUCAUCCAUCGGCCCCUUCGUUGUUCAGGGUUUUUGUUGUUAACGAAUGCCAUUUAUUGCCCUCGAAGACGUGGCUGACAUUUCUUCAACUUCUUGAGAAGCCGUUGCCGCAUGUCGUUUUCAUACUUAUAACCACCGACAUUGACAAUGUGCCACGGACUAUAUUGUCGCGAUGUCAGAAGCAACUUUUCAACAAAAUCAGCAAUGGCGACAUUGUUGCACGGUUAAGUAAGAUUGCCGAUGAUGAGAACAUGGAUGUUGAGUCAGAUGCAUUAGAGCUGAUUGCUUCGAAUGCAGAUGGUUCUCUACGAGAUGCAGAAACCAUGUUAGACCAGCUGAGUCUGUUUGGAAAAAGAAUCACCAUCUCCUUGGUGAAUGAGCUUAUAGGGGUUGUUUCAGACGAGAAAUUACUCGACCUGCUGGAGUUAGCCAUGUCUUCAAAUGCGACGGAAACAGUAAUAAGAGCUAGAGAAUUGAUGGAUUCAGGAGUGGAUCCAAUAGUUCUAAUGUCUCAGAUGGCGACCCUCAUCGUAGAUAUUAUUGCUGGAACUUACCCAAAUGUUGACGGCAAGCCUGAUUCUUUCUUCGGGGGAAGAAACUUGUCCGAAAGAGAAUUAGACAGACUGAAGCAUGCAUUGACCCUUCUCUCUGAGGCAGAGAAGCACCUGAGAGUUGCGAGUGAACGUUCAACAUGGUUUACAGCAACCCUUUUACAGUUAGGUUCUGUGGCUUCACUGGAUCGAACCCACUCUGGCAGUAGUCGGCGACAGAGCUCCAAGGCAACCGACGAGGACCAUGUAAUUAGGCUUAGAGAAUCUACUGCCCAGAAGCAAAGAACUGAUUCUCAGUUGGAACCUGAAAAAUCAGCUUCACCCUCCAAAUCCUUUCCAAGAGUGGCUCACCGGAACUCGACGAGCAAAGAUAAUCCCGUCCAACAGACUGAAGCCUCCAGUUUCAAUCCCAAUCCCAAUCAAAGCCAAUUUAUCAAUAGCGAAGCACUGACAGCCUCACAAGGUGAUGGAAACGGGGGGAGAAUUGCUUCAAGAUGCGUGAACUCAAAGAUGUUGACUAACAUCUGGCUUCAGUGCAUUGAAAAGUGCCAUUCCAAGACACUGAGGCAACUUCUUCAUGCUCAUGGAAGGCUUGUGUCAAUAUGUGAAGCUAAAGGAGGUUUUGUAGCUCAUGUUGCAUUUGGGGAUAGAAAUAUUAAAACUCGCGCAGAGGGUUUUCUCAGCAGCAUCACUAACUCAUUCGAAAUGGUUUUACAACGGAAUGUGGAUGUUAAGAUAAUCAUUCUACCUGACACCUUGCUUCAGAAGCAGACAGACAAAAGCACUGCAACGAACCUGGAAAACAAAUCAACACGCUUGAACGUAGCUGUGAGUAAUUGUGAUCUCAACUUCCAUCAGGAGCCGUCGAAGUUGUCAACAGGAAGCUUCAACAUAUAUGGGAGUCAUCAAAUGAAACCUUUCGAUUCCAUAGCUGGAAAUCCAACCAUGAGCGCUUCAAAGGAGAACAAGUCGGGAAUUCCCGUGAAGAGAAUUGAGUCCAUCAUCCACGAGCAGAGACUAGAAACUGCGUGGUUGCAGGCAAUGGAAAAGGGCACUCCUGGAUCGAUGAGCCAUCUGAAACCUGAACGGAAUCAAGUCCUGCCACAGGACAGCACGUACCCUCCAAAUCAAUUGGAGGCAAUGAAUUCUACUGAUGUCUCGGUGCAACACUGGGAGGAUGAGUUAAAUCAUGAAAUCAAAGCACUGAAAAUUAGCGAUGGAGCGGUGCCUCAGAAGGACCAAAUUGGCAGGAGGAUUGAUCAUUACCCCAUCUCCCCAAGCUUGUUGCAUAACAGCAGCUUCGCGAGCAAUUUCAGCAAAGAAAACAUGGGAUAUGAGUCUGGAUCGGGGGCCGGAGGUUGCAGCGGGAUGUUCUGUUGGAACAACACCAGACCUCAAAGACGGGGAAAGGCUAAACAAGGCACUCCUCUGCGUUCGCGCAGAAGCGGUCGGUUCUCGUGGUUCGGAGAGUGCGCAAAAUCAAGGAGGACAGACAGCAGAUACAACAGAUGAUAGAAAAGGACAUUCAGGUUCUUGAGUUUCAGACAGUUCUUGAUCUUACUCUUACUAGGAAAUACUUCAUGCACUUGUGGGCUUGAGCAAAGUCAUUUGUUUGUCCUAUAAAUAUGAUAGGACUCAUUGAAGGAUAUAAAUAUAAUGAUGUAAAGUUAUUACACUUGGACCU